AUGGCCAAGAAAGUCAAGAAUCGAAUCAUCAUCGUCCGGCUGGUGUCGAUGGCCAUGACUGGCUUCUUCUACACCAUGCGACGACCUAGAACGUCCUCGCCAAUGGGCCUUCUCAAAUACGAUCCAAUUGUCCGCAAGAAGGUCCUUUUCCUCGAGACGAAAAAGCGAAACAGAUAG